AAUUGCAACUAUAGGUGGCGCUCGACCCACGCUUAAAAAUUGAAAACUAACGCUAGCGAUAAUGGCGGAAGAACAGAAAUCAGGUAGUCAAGAUGAACAAAAAACCGACUCUGGUUUUGGUAUUGGAGAUCUUGUGUGGGCCAAGAUGAGCAGUUUCCCAGCGUGGCCUGGCCGGAUUGUUAAACCCUGGAAGAAUGUAAAGAAACCAGCAGCCAAGAAGCCACAUUUCUUUGUAUACUUCUUUGGAACAGAGGACCAUGCUUGGGUCAAAGUUGAGAGCUUGAAGGUUUACAAGGAUCACAAGGUAGCGUUGUGCAAGGCGGCUAAAGGGGUCAAGUUUCAGAAAGCCAUCGAGGCUAUUGAAGAGGCUAUCAAAGAUGAGGAGAAUGAAAAAGACAAGAAGACACUUUCCCCAUACCAUCCAGACGAUGAUGAAGAUGUCUUCCCAAAAGCUAAGCCUAUGAGGGACUACUCAAGGGAGGCCUUCUCGGGUGUGAAAAAGUUAUCACUUAGCAGUGGUAGUGAAGACAAAUCAAAGAUGAAACGAAAGUUUACUCAGCCUUCAGAUGAAGAUGAUGAUUUGGAGGAGGAGGUCAGAAGAAAAAGCCCAAAGAAGAGAGGACGACAAUUCCGUGACGCAGAUGGUCCCAUCAAGUCACCCAAAAAAGAAACACCUAAGAAGAAGCCAUUUGAGCAAGGUAUAACACCAGCAAAAAGGAAACCCAAAAUGGAUAUGGACAGAAUGUACAAGAUUUUAUUUGAGCACAAACAAGUCAACACAAAUAACGCUGACGGACAGCAUCCAGCUAUCGUACCCUCGUCUAAAAGGAUUGGUUUUGUUGGACUUGGUAUAAUGGGCAAAGGGAUGGCAAUGAACCUGGUCAAGUCAGGUCACAAGGUCACAGUAUGGAACAGAACGUCAGAAAAGUGCUCUGAAGUUGUGAAGGCAGGAGCGACUCUCGGAGACAGCAUAGCUGACGUCGUCAAGAAUUCUGAUAUAACAUUUUCAAUGGUCUCUGAUCCAGAGGCAUUGAGAGCUAUUGUUUUUGGAGAGAAGGGUGUGCUAGAUGAGAUGAACGAUGGCAAAGCUUUAGUGGAUUGCACAACUGUAGAUAUAGGCACUGUUACAGGAGUUUCUGAGGCGGUUGCAAACAAAGGAGGGCGCUUUUUGGAAGCCCCUGUAUCAGGCAGCAUCCAGCCAGCAGUAGAGGGUAACCUAAUUUUUAUGGCAGCCGGUGAUAAACAAUUGUAUGAUGAAUGUGAAUCCUGCUUCUCUGCUAUGGGCAAAAAAUCGUUCUUUUUGGGCGAUGCAGGGAACGGUGCCAGGAUGAAGCUUGUGUUGAACAUGAUAAUGGGUAGUGUUGUGGCGGGCUUCUCUGAAGGCAUGGCACUAGCAGACAAAGCUGGACUUAACCAAGCAGAUCUUCUUGAGGUCAUCGACCUGGGUGCGAUGUCAUGUCCAUUAUUACGUGGAAAAGGCAAAGGCAUCAUCAAUAACAUCUUUCCACCUGCCUUCCCUCUCAAACACCAGCAGAAAGACAUGCGAUUAGCACUAGCCAUGGGAGACCAGUCCGACCAAACGUUACCAGUUGCCGCUUCAGCCAACGAGUUAUUCAAAAGGGCAAAGGGCAAAGGUCACUCUGAUAGUGACAUGUCGGCUGUAUAUAAGGUGCUGAUUCAGUGAGGGCAUCCACUAUCUCUCCUAUGCUGCGAAUCUUCAACUUCAUCUGGGGAAGACCUUUUGUAACCACCUAUAACUGAUGAUUGUGACUAUGUGAAUAUUUUCCUUAUGUCUUAGUUUUGAUCCUGAAAACAAUUUGUGUUGGUGUCGAUUUUAGGGUAAAAUCAGGAUAUUUCCUGACAACAGUGUGUAAAUAUGGGAAUGUGGGGCAUCUCAUAGCUUCUUUUUCUAUGAAUUUCAUCUUCCUCAGAUUGGAACAUGCUGUGAGUCUGCUCUGGUAUCAAAGCCCUCUUUGGUCAGCUUUGUUAGCCUUAAGACUUAGCCUCAUUUGUCCAAGCCUUAAGGAUUAGCCUUCUUUCCAGACAGGAACAUCAAUAUAGGAAAUGGAUAAUGAGAAUUUCUGGAUCAUGUGCUUUAUUGUUUUUAUUUCUUUUUUAUGUCAAUUAUGUGUGAAUAAUUUUAUAAAUGGAGUGAUAAUUUUAAUGUUCAACUAGAGGGAAAAAAUAUUUUCUCAUUGUAGGCCACCCCUAGAUAAUAAUGGACACAUUUUAAAUAAAUUAAAACUACUACUACUGUC